AUGGAGCGCUAUCCGUCUAGCGGGUUGGACGUCCUCAUCGUCGGUGGUGGCCUUGGAGGCCUGACAUUUGCAAUUGAAGCGCACCGCAAAGGCCAUAAUGUUAGGAUCCUUGAGAAACGGCCCGAGUUUACGGGAUAUGGUGAUGUUCUUCUAAUCGAAUGCAAUGCUCUGCACACCGUCAAGAAAUGGCCAGGUUUCUAUUCCCGCUUGCAAAAGAUAUCCUACAAAUCCGACUUCCAUGUCAAGAAAUACAACGGCAGCUGGAUUGGAUCCUGGCCCUUUGGAGAUGGGGCGAACGAGUCCUUAGCCUUUAACCGCAACGAGCUCCACGAGCAGCUGUGUUCGUACGUUCAGGAGCUAGGCAUCCAACUAGACCUCUCGAUAAACGUGGAAGAGUAUUUCGAGACCGAGGAGCAGGGAGGUGUUGUUCUCAGCGACGGCCAGGAGAUCACGGCGGAUCUUGUGAUCGCGGCAGAUGGGGUUGGAUCAAAGUCGUGGUCACUUGUUCUAGGCCGUAAAGAUGCUCCAAUUAGCAGUGGCUUCGCUUGUUUCAGGUCGACCUUCCCUACCAGUGUAGCGAUGGCGAAUCCGAUUAUUGCGAAGGAAAUGGAGGAUUUCGGCGAUCGUAUCUCACUGCAUCCUGGCAAUGGGGCACACAUGGUUGGCGAGCAAAGUUCCGAAGAGAGUUGGGACAAAACCGGACCCGCCGAUCGCGCUUUGCAGUAUCUCGAGGGGUGGGAUCCGUUCUUGACCGAGAUGGUCAAAGUCACACCAAACAACCGCAGCACCGACUGGAGGCUGAUGUGGCGGAAUCCACAACCCAGAUGGUCAUCCCCCCAUAGCCGCGUGGUCCAACUGGGGGACUCUGCGCAUUCCUUCCUCCCUACAUCUGGCAGCGGGGCCGCAAUGGCCAUGGAGGAUGCAUACUCCCUGGCAUCAUGUCUGCAGUUGGGCGGGAAGUCCAACCUUGCUCUAGCUGUGAGAGUCCAUAACCUCCUUCGAUUUGAACGGGUCUCCUGUACUCAAAAAAUGGGCUUCCAUAAUCGCGAGUUGUUCCAUCAUGCGAACUGGGAUGAAAUAGCCUGCAAUCCAGAGAUUUUCAGCAGAGUUACUGGAAAAUGGGUAAAGAGGCAUGAUCCCGAGGAGUACGUUUAUAGCAACUAUGGCCGUGCUGCGAAUCAUCUUCUCACGGGAGCUCCCUUUAAGAACACGAACAUUCCCCCAGGAUACCAAUAUAAGCCUUGGACUGUCAAGGAGCUCAUGGAUGCUUCGGACGCCGGUCGGCCAGUGGUUGACGAGGGAGAUUGGUCUUGAUUCUGCUCUAUUGCUGGGAAGGCUUCCAUCUGGUACUCAAUUAGACUACGAGAGAAGACGCCAUGUGAAAUCUUCGAAAUCUACCCAUUCAUACAAUGGGCACGGUAAAGCAAAACAUACAUUGGGGUACGAAAGUAUGUAAAACUUCACAUGUCACUAGUCACCCUGCGCAGGACCAAUGGAUAUAAUCUACAAAACAGCCGUCAAUGCCAUUGUCUGGCUCUUUUGGACAGUACCG